AUGACCUCAUCCGGUCAAUCAUCCUUCACCACCACCGGCGAGAACUCAUCCUCAACCGGAUCCUCCCUUAGCCAAAUCGCUAUGGAUUCCUUCACUCCGCAAAUUACAAACCAUAAACUCUCUGGUCACAAUUAUCUUUCGUGGUCACAAUCCGUUCAUAUGUUCAUUCGCAGAAAAGGAAAAGAUGACUUUCUUACCGGUACAUCCGUUCAGCCUGCUGAAACCGAUGCAUCAUACAAAAAUUGGAUUGCAACGAACAGUAUGAUAAUACCUCUGAAUUCUGAGACCGAGAGCACUCUACAUGAUCUCCGACAAGGUGAUAACUCUGUCACUGAUUAUUUCAAUUCAUUGACUCGAUUAUGGCAGAAAAUCGAUAUAUACGACACUCAUUCAUGGAAGUGCUCCGAAGAUGCCCUCACAUACAAACGGGUUGUUGAAACGAAGCGAGUUUUCAAGUUUUUAUCAGGUCUCAAUAAAGAACUCGAUGAAGUGCGAGGACGCAUCAUUAGCACCAAAUCGUUACCCUCUUUAUGUGUUGCCUUCUCUGUUGUCCGACACGAGGAGAGUCGGAGGAAAGUUAUGUUGAAAGAGCAGAUUGUAGAAGCGCCAAACGAAACCUCAGCGUUGAAUUCAGUUGAUUCCAACGCCUUCGCAGCAAAGGGCCAAAUCGACAACAGACCACGCAAAGGCAGGCCAUAUUGUGACCAUUGUUGUUGUCCGGGUCACUCACGAGAAACGUGCUGGAAAAUCCAUGGCAAGCCGCUUGAUUGGAAACCUUUCAGACCCACAGGAGAUUCAUCAAAUCGCACUGCCAAUGCUUCCGUUACAACACAUGCCUUCAACAAGGAACAAAUGGAAAUUCUUCAAUGA